GUACACACACCUCUGUUCCCGUCUACGUGUAUAUUUUCUAACGUUCGUAUCUCGGUAGCCACAUAUACUGCAAUUGCACUUCGAGAUAUUGGGAGUGAGAGAAUGGAACAUGGCAAUUUUAUUUUUGUGGUUUGGAGUUAUAUUUUCCUAUCAGCGUAUGAAGUAGAUGCUCUGGGGUCCCUGAAUUCCACCGGGCCACCAUGGGAUCCUCCAUCACCGCCUCCAACCAUAUCUUCUGAACACUGGUUCCACCAGAAGCUGGACCACUUUAAUGUUGUCGACAGUCGAUACUGGAAACAGAGAUACUACGUCUUUGACAAGUUCUACAAGCCAGGCGGUCCAGCCUUCCUGACCAUAGGGGGAGAGGGUGCCCUGGGGGUGUUCGUGCAGGAGGGGGCCUGGAUGGAUUACCUUCAGUCAUACCAUGCUAUUGGCUUUGCUGUGGAACAUCGAUAUUAUGGAGACAGUCGCCCCACAUCCGACCUGAGGACAAGUAACCUUCAGUAUCUGACUGUAGAACAAGCCUUGGAAGACGUCGCCAAUUUCAUAGUAGUAGCGACCAAGGAGCACAAUCUCUCUGACACAAAGUGGGUCACAUUCGGAGGGUCUUAUGCAGGCUUGUUGUCCGCCUAUGUACGCUACAAGUUCCCUCAUCUGGUUGCCGGGGCAAUAGCAUCCAGCGCACCAGUUGCUCUCUCUGCGUUUGCCCCUGAAUUCUUAGUAAGUAUUGGCGAAUCUCUCCGCUCUGUGCCCGGAUGUUACCAGGCAGUAGCUGAUGCAUUUAGUGAUGCUAGGCAGCAUCUCAAGGAUGACGCCGGAGUCCAACACCUGCAGUCACUCUUCAGGUUGUGUGCUUUUGAUCGCACAAACAAGCUCGAUGUGGAGAACAUGAUGAAUGGACUGCUGUCUCCAAUCAUUAACACAGCACAGUACAGUAACGAUAAUAUGGGGUACUUGACAGAUCGACAACUCUCUGUAUCGUCCAUGUGUCGGGUGAUGACAGACACAAGCAGGGAAACUCCCCCUAUCCCGCCUGGCGGACUAUCACGCAAUCGUCUACAACAACUAUACAAACCUCAGAGAUCCUUUUAUGUUGUGCGAGUCUGCCAAGCUUACUUUGGUCCAGCAUUUAACGUGACCCAGCUGACCAGGGGCGUGCAGCAGAUGUUGAUGGACUAUGGAGGCCUGGGGAUUCAGGCCACCAACGUGGUGUACACACACGGGUCCUAUGAUCCAUGGCACAAGUACGGUUUCAGCACGGAUCCAAACCCAAAAUCCCCUGUGAUCAUCAUACAGGGUACGUCAUUAGCAUUUCACACAGUCACCGUCAUCAUCACAUGA